AUGUCGGGCAAAAUGACGUUGUACAAGCUGGUCGUGCUGGGAGACGGUGGUGUCGGAAAGACCGCCCUCACGAUCCAGCUCUGUCUCAACCACUUUGUCGAAACCUACGAUCCCACCAUCGAAGACUCGUACCGCAAACAGGUCGUCAUCGAUCAGCAGUCCUGCAUGUUGGAGGUGCUCGACACCGCCGGCCAGGAAGAGUACACCGCCCUGCGAGACCAGUGGAUCCGCGAUGGCGAGGGCUUUGUGCUCGUCUACAGCAUCACCUCGCGCCCCUCCUUCACGCGCAUCCAGAAAUUCUACAACCAGAUCAAGAUGGUCAAGGAAUCCGCCAACUCGGGCUCCCCCUCCGGCGCCAGCUACCUCGGCUCUCCCAUCCAUGCCCCCGCCGGCCCCCCGCUGCCCGUGCCCGUCAUGCUGGUCGGCAACAAGAGCGACAAGGCCGUUGAGCGCGCCGUGUCUGCCCAAGAGGGCCAGGCCCUCGCCAAGGAUCUCGGCUGCGAGUUUGUCGAAGCAUCGGCCAAGAACUGUAUCAACGUGGAGAAGGCCUUUUAUGAUGUCGUGCGCAUGCUCCGCCAGCAGCGCCAACAACAGCAAGGAGGCCGAUCCCAGGAUCGCCGCCCGACCGGGCUCGGUCCCAUGCGCGACCGCGACGCCGGGCCCGAAUACCCCAAGUCGUUCCGAACCGAUCGCUCCCGCCAUCGCAGUGGUCUGCGCUGCACCAUCAUGUGA